AAACCAACACACAAAAUGCCCAAACCCGAUGUGCGAAAACGUAAGCUAAGCUCCAGCGAUGACAAAAAUGCCUCAGUCACAACAACCCGCCGUAAAUCACCCAGCAGUGGUAAUUCUGGCGGUGGCUUACCCAGCGGUCUUAAAUUAUCUUUCUUCUGUUUAAUUGUAUCGGUUUGUCUGCUUUUGGUGGUAUUUGGUUUAUAUAUUGACACAACCAGUCCAUUUCUAGUACAAUUAGCGUCCAAAUUGGGUUAUAAUAAAAAUCAAUAUGCUGUGAUUAUUGAUGCUGGCUCCACGGGUAGUCGUGUCUUGGCUUAUAAAUUUGAUCGUAGUUUUAUAGAUAAUAAAUUGGUCCUUUCCGAUGAGCUGUUCAAGGAACGCAAACCCGGUCUUUCAUCAUUUGCUGAUGCACCGGAAAAGGGUGCCCAUACCAUUAAGCUACUCUUGGAUGAGGCUCGCGCCUUUAUACCCAAAGAUAAGUGGUCAUCCACACCAUUGGUACUUAAAGCUACAGCCGGUUUGCGUCUUCUGCCCCAUAGCAAAGCUGAAAAUAUACUUAAUGCUGUACGAGAUCUCUUCACUAAAUCGGAGUUUAGUGUUGAUAUGGAUGCUGUUGAAAUUAUGGAUGGCACCGAUGAGGGUAUAUUCUCCUGGUUCACCGUGAACUUCUUACUUGGACGUUUAUCGAAAACCAAUCAAGCGGCGGCCUUAGAUUUAGGUGGUGGCAGUACACAGGUCACCUUCUCACCCACAGAUCCCGAACAAGUGCCCGUCUAUGAGAAAUAUAUGCACGAAGUAAAUACGCUGAAUCAAAAAGUCAAUGUCUUUACUCAUUCCUAUUUGGGUUUGGGUCUAAUGGCUGCACGGCAUGCUGUCUUUACCAAGGGUUAUGCCAAAGAUGAAACAAAUCUCGAAUCGAUUUGUGUUAAUCCCAUUAUUUCCAAUCGUACAUGGAUUUACAGUAAUGUGGAAUAUAAGAUUUCGGGUAAAGAUCAUGCCAAAUCGACACAAGAAAAUCCCAUUGUUGAUUUUGAUGCCUGUUUGGAUUUGAUCAAGAGUAAAGUAAUGCCAUUGGUUAAGCCCAAGCCAUUCACCCUGAAGGAACACACAAUUGCGGCAUUUAGUUAUUAUUUUGAAAGGGCUACCGAAUCGGGUCUCAUCGAUCCAUUUGCUGGUGGUGAAAUUACCGUUGAAGCUUAUCGUAAGAAAGCUCAAGCCGUCUGUGCCAUACCCAAUGAUGAGCAACCAUUUAUGUGUUUUGAUUUGACCUAUAUCUCUGUGCUGCUGCAUGAAGGUUUUGGUUUGGGUGAAGGUAAAAAGAUUAAGCUCUACAAGAAAAUCGAUGGCCAUGAAAUCUCCUGGGCUUUAGGCUGUGCCUACAAUGUUUUAAUGAGUGAUGAUAAAUAUAAUUCCUAAAUU